AUAUAUAUCAGACACGUGAGGGUAUAUAAUCUAAAACAGUUGUUUGCAGUCAGAGUUCUCAGUUCGUUACUAAAACCAAAACAAUGGGAUCCCAUAUUGUGAUUUUUAUGUGUGCUCUUUCGUUAGCAGCAGCUUCUGUCAGCAGUUAUUGGGGAGGAUGUGGUCCACCCCCGGGUGUUAAUCCGCACUGCGAAUUGAUAGGCCUACUGGCACCAGCUUCCAUGCGAUAUAAAAGGUUAGACUGCCGAUCGUCUGGAUGUCCGUCUGGUAAAGUGUGCUGUCGGAAUUAUUGUACUUACCAUUGUCAAGAACCAUCCAACUGGAAACCAUAUACGUGUCCAUGGACGGGUAACACGAAGUGUCCAAAACGAAGUGCGCUCAUGACGUCGGCUGGAUGUACGUCGGACAAGGAUUGUCAACGCGGGAAACUGUGCUGUACCGUCAAUUGCCGCAAACAGUGCGUCACGGGCCGGCCUACUGCGCUACCCCAGUAGUCAAAGGAGCGUGAUUUACUGACGUGUAUAGAUCACACUGACGUGUUAAGAAAAAUAAAUAAAAGAGAAAGGAAGAAAAAAAAAA